GCGGAGAAGUGAUUGAAACCCUUUAUUUGAAAAAUAAAAGCACUGGUUUUCCCUUAGAUAUUGGAUCAGAAAGAUACACUUUCAGCUUCACCAUUCGGGAUUCACCAGCACAUUUUGUAAAUGCAACUUCCUGGGGCAGUGAAGAUUACAUCAAGUCUCUUUCUGACAGCUUUAGGGUUGGUGAUUGUGUGAUGAUUGAAAAUCCUCUGAUCCAAAGAAAGGAUAUAGAAAGAGAGGAAAAAUUCAGCCCUGCAACUCCUAGCAAUUGUAAACUAUUUCUCAGUGAGAAUCACUCAACAGUAAAAGUUUGUUCCAGUUAUGAAGUGGACACAAAGUUACUUUCUUUGAUACAUUUACCGGUUAAAGAGUCUGGUGAUUAUUAUUCGUUGGGUGACAUUGUUGCAAAUGGACACAGUCUUAAUGGGAGGAUUAUUAACCUGCUUGCAGCUGUGAAGUCGGUUGGAGAGCCAAAAUACUUUACAACUUCAGACCGGAGAAAAGGCCAGCGGUGUGAAGUUAGACUCUAUGAUGAAACAGAAUCUUCUUUUGCCAUGACAUGUUGGGAUAGUGAAUCCAUUCUACUUGCACAGUGCUGGAUGCCACGAGAAACAGUAAUAUUUGCCUCGGAUGUAAGAAUAAAUUUUGACAAAUUUCGAAACUGCAUGACAGCAACUGUAAUCUCAAAAACCAUUAUUACAACUAAUCCAGAUACACCAGAAGCUAACAUUCUACUGAAUUUUAUAAGAGAAAAUAAAGAAACAAAUGUUCUGGAUGAUGAAAUUGACAGUUAUUUCAAAGAAUCCAUAAAUUUAAGUACAAUAGUUGAUGUCUAUACAGUUGAACAAUUAAAGGUAAAAGCUUUGAAGAAUGAAGGAAAAGCUGAUCCUUUCUACGGCAUCCUUUAUGCCUACAUUUCUACACUGAACAUUGAUGAUGUAACUGCAAAAGUGGUUCGAAAUAGAUGUUCCAGCUGUGGUUAUAUUGUAAAUGAAGCAUCUAACAUGUGCACAACUUGCAACAAAAACUCCUUGGACUUUAAAUCUGUCUUUGUCAGUUUUGAAAUGCUGAUCGAUCUGACUGAUCACACAGGUACCCUUCAUUCCUGUAGUCUCACAGGAAAUGUUGCUGAGGAGACUUUGGGCUGCACGGUAAACGAGUUUCUUGCAAUGACAGAUGAACAGAAAACAGCAUUAAAGUGGCAAUUUCUCUUGGAAAGAAGCAAAAUUUAUUUAAAAUUUGUUGUAUCGCACAGAGCAAGGAGUGGAUUGAAAAUUAAUGUACUAUCAUGCAAGCUUGCAGAUCCCACUGAGGCGAGCAGAAACUUGUCUGGAUAAAAACAUGUUUAAAAUAGUCUAUCAUUUUAAACUCUGGAAAAGUAUAGGAGUUUUACCUCCCUUUAAAAUAGAAUAAUAAUUUGAAAAUUAUGGGGAAAAUUAUGUUUUGUUUACAUGUGACUAACCCGUUUCUAGAAACUGUUAUGGUGGAGCUGGUCUGGGGCGAGUCUGAAGGCCUCUCUCAUCUGACCCCCUUUCCUAGAAGGCCUCCUACUGGCUUUGCCUUGUCUCCUCCCAAGUUGCAAAAUGUUUACAUGAAUUAAUAAACAUUUAGUCUUCUACAGUUUUGAAUUAUU